CUUGAAAGUAAUGGCGAACACGUGGCACGAGCAAUGUCUUCAAUGCUGUGUGUGUCGUCUGCCUCUCACCCAAUCUUGUUUCUUCAAAGAUAUGAAACUCUACUGCAAGAUGGAUUAUGACAAACUUUACGGUACCAAGUGCAAUAGAUGUCGACAGCCGAUCCCUCCUAACGGUCUAGUAAUGCGCGCGCUGGACCACGUGUACCACAUGCAAUGUUUUAUUUGUGUCGUCUGCGGACAUCAGUUACAAAAAGGAGAGCAAUUUGUAAUGAAGGAUGGGCAGUUGCUUUGCAGGCUGGAUUUUGAAAAGGAGUUUGCAAUGUUACCUCUAAGCCCCAAAAGCGAAGAAGACAGUAGUUUAGAAGACAACGAGAGUGACAGUGGUACGACGAAGGGUCCGAAAAGACCUCGAACAAUUCUCACUACAAGUCAGCGAAGAAAAUUUAAAGCUUCCUUUGAGGUGAAUCCUAAACCAUGUCGUAAGGUUCGAGAGUCCCUGGCGGCGGAAACAGGCCUGAGUGUCCGAGUCGUCCAAGUAUGGUUUCAGAACCAAAGGGCCAAGGUGAAAAAGAUAGCACGGCGUCAAAACCAGGACUCAAGCGGUGGCGGCUUAGACUCCAAGGGAAAUCAAAACAAAUCUCAGAAAAGGAAAUAUAAAGAUGAAGAUGAUCUCAAUGGAACAGAAAACAUGGGCAAUAUAAACGCCAUGACGCCUGACCAAGCCAACAUGCAAAAUGUUCCUCCAAUGGGCGACAAUCCAUAUACCAACCACAUGGGGGCUUACGACUCCCCGCCCGGUCAUCAAGGUCCUAUGUAUACACCGAACUCAUUGGGGGAAAGCAUCUACAGUCCCGAGGCGCCAAUAUCAAUGGAAAACAGUCUAGACAACCUAGAUGAAAUGCUAUUGGCUGAGCAAGCACACGAACACCAUGUUUUGACCAGUAGGAAUGGGGGACUCAUAAACCCCAUUGACAAACUUUACUCGAUGCAGGAUUCUUAUUUUAGUCAUUAACUUGAAUGGUGAUUGUGUUAAUGUGAAAAUUGAAAACGUUUUUGUUUGAAACAAUUUUGCCAAGCACAUGCACGCUUACGUCAUGAACGACCCCUUUACGGUGAUAUUUUAGACGAAGUUUUAACU